AUGGUCGACGGUAAGCCCAUUAAUCUUGGUCUUUGGGAUACUGCUGGUCAAGAAGAUUACGAUCGUUUGCGACCCCUUUCAUAUCCUCAAACGGAUGUAUUCUUGAUUUGCUUUUCCUUGGUUAGUCCUUCCUCUUUUGAAAACGUUCGGGGCAAGUGGUACCCAGAAAUUACCCAUCAUGCACCAAAUAUUCCUAUCAUCCUUGUUGGUACAAAACUCGAUCUUCGGGAAGAUAAGGAAACCAUCCUUAAGCUUCGUCAAAAAUCUCAACAACCUAUCACAUAUCCUCAAGGGCUACAAAUGGCCAAAGAUAUAUCUGCAGUGAGAUAUCUUGAAUGUUCUGCCCUUACCCAAAAGGGUUUGAAAAAUGUAUUCGAUGAGGCGAUUCGUGCUGUCCUUUGCCCCGCUCCG